AUGAUAUCCACCACAGACCACGAGACCCUUCCAAAAGUCCUCCAGCUACCCCUCGAGCUCCGACAACAAAUCUACUCUUACUUGUGCCCGCCCUCACCAAUCUCCAAUCCCAUUCCCACAGUCGGCAUCACCAGCGUGUCGCAUCGUCCACCGCCUUUACCUCUGCUUCUGAGCUGCCACGCCAUCUCCGCCGACAUCACUUCCUACUUCUUCAAUAUCGCGAGCUGGAAACUCAUCGCCUCCCACGCUUUCAAUUUCUACCGCAUCGACCCAACACUCUCAAAUCUCGCCAGUUCGCGACUGCUCAAGAAGAUCCAGAAAGUCGAGUUGGUGUUUUGGUUCGACGGUAGUUUACUCAAGAGUUAUCCUUCUCUCAAGACGACAACCUAUUGUCAAGAAAUCAAGAAACGGGCAACACGGGCUUGUGAGAUACUGGCUACAGCGCCAGAGUUCAGGAUUCUUCAAAUCAGCUGGGUGGACUCAACAACCCAGGAAGCGAUAGAGGAUAAGAGAGAGGUUUUGGAUGCAUUGAAGAUACUGGACGAUAAAGUCAGGUUUGAGGUUGGGGUCCUAGAAUGGAGCGGUGCGCAGGCUGAGCCUGACAGAGGUGACUUUGAGAGGAAAGUCAAAGGCCUCAUUCAUGUUGCUCAUCCUGUCUCUGCUUGUUGA